UCCGCUGCGGCCCCGCCCCCUCAGACACGUUGCCUUGGGAGAAGCAACACGGGCGGAUGACUGGCCGUGGCUGCUGCCUCCCCGCUCACACGCCGCACGUCCCGCACAUCAGCUGCUCCCUGCCCCACCGUCCGGCCGGAUUUACCGUCGAACAAAAGGAGGAGUCCGACAAGCCGCCGCAUCCCGGGAAGGUAGGCACCGACCGUCCGCUCCGAUGAACACCGACCAUUCUUUGCCGUUUCUUACCGGAGGAAUUUAACUCAGGUCAGUGAUGGUCAGAGCGAGUUAGAGGCUGCAGCUGAGGAUGUCUGCCACGGAUUCGGACAACUCCAUCGACUGGCUGGCGAGCGACAAUGAGGAGAGCGACAGCGGAGUGACGGAAAAGACAGACUUGGGCCCGCCUGACAGCAGCUGCGGUAGCGGCACGCUGAAGGAGGGGGACAGUAUGAGGAAGGAGGUCAGGGAGGUCUCCAGCUGGGGAUCUCCCGGCUGCACGGAGAGACGGGACAGAGCCUCCGCCACUGGACUGUGUAGAAAACAGCAAGGGGGCAAAGCGAAAGGCGAGAAGGCGCUAAAGAGACCUCACAGCUCGGCGGAGGAGCAGCUCUUCUCCCAGAAAGACAGAAUCUUCAGCGAGAAGUGCAUGGAGCUGCAGUGCUACAUUCAUCCGCUGUCAAUGAUCUUGAACGGCCUCCGUUCAGGCAGAUACAAAGAAAGACUCAGCAGUUUCCAGGAGAGCGUGGCCAUGGACAGGAUUCAGAGGAUCAUGGGUGUCCUGCAGAACCCGUUCAUGGGGGAGAAAUACAUGGACAUCAUCCUUAAAAUGGAGGAGAUGCUGAAGAGCUGGUUCCCCAACGUCAAACUCCAGGAGCAGGUCACCGUCACCCCCACAGAGGAAGCCGUUCUCAGCAAGAGGCUUAAGAUUUCUCCAAUGACCUGCACAGCAGCUGUAAGCCCCGCCUCCGCCGGUGAUCCUGCAGCUGCAACCAAACUUCUGAGCGUCACAGACCUGACUCCACCUGAGGCCUACUCCGCCAACAACCUGAAAUGGCUCCACACGUCACCCAUCUGCUCCCCGGUGGCAGAGCAGGCCCAGGCCGGUCCCAGGCAGCCGCCGCCGCCGCUCAGAGACAGAGACCUAACGCAAGACAGCGCCGUGUCCUCCAGCACGGACGGCCUCACUAAGACGGACCCUGUGCCCAGAGGCCCUCUGCCGGGCAAAAUCAACGCGCCCUGCCUGGAGAGGCUCCUCAAAUCCACAGACAGUAUCAUCACACGCCGGGGGGCCAGCGACCUCAGUUGGUCUUAGUCCACGGGGAGGGGCCGGGCGUCCAAGCUCGGCCCCAGCUUUCCAGGUCUCUCAGCUCAUUCCAGCCGUCGGGAGAGACGGGAGCCUUCAAAAAGGGAUGACACAGAUUCCCCUUCAGAGUGGAACAAGCAAAAGCGCGCCCUUUCCUGACGGGACAGGCUUUCGCUCCCCUCGUGUCAGCGCGCACUCGUUUGCACUCUGGAGGCGGACGCGCCGGAGCGGGGAAGCAGAAACGCCGCCCGUCAACCGGAUUAAGUAUUGACACAAGGCGAAUCGUCCCCUGCAGCUUUUGAGCAUCCGUGACCCCCAACCUGCAGAGGGCGUUUGAGCUGGAGGGAAGGAUUUCCAGUCGCGCCGCCCCCCUCCCCAUCACUUCCCUGCUUUCUUCGCAACUCCAUUUCUUAAUUUUAUUGAUGUGACUGUUACCUAUUUCUAUCCUUUUAUUGAUACGUCUUUUUGGUACAACUGUUCUACCUCAGCGAGCACCACAUCAUGGGUAGUGUGUAGGAAUGUGAAACACUAAACUCUUAAAAAUCUGGACCCCCUCACCAGAUCCAGCCAAAACGGCCUCCAACCGCAGGGCGCGCUGUCCAAACAGGGAGGAUGCUCUCUCCACGGGGACGCUCUCACGGCCUGACUGGUGCCAUUGUAAAGAAUGUCAACUGCAUAUUUGUUUCGAAGUCUCCCAGCGGACGGCAAACAGUGCCUGUAACGUCAAGCUGUGCCUGUAAGCCGGUUUAAUAAAAAGAAACAGAAAGAGAAGCAUUUCAGAGAACCUGCUCCUCGGUGGGAUGUACAAAUCAGGAAUUUUCACUCUCCUGCCACUUUCCUGUGUCGAUUAAAUUAUUCAGAUUUGCCAACUACUUUCUGUGGUGAAGUAGAACAAGUACUUUUUUUUUUGUUUUUUUUUUUUUUGCCACCGAGCCGGACAGUGUGUUCCAGCUACAGACUGAGGUGUUUAUGUGUAAAUCUAACGAAAACGUUGUCAGUUUACCCUGAAAAGUGGCCUUUAUAGUGUGAAAUUUUAUACUUUCGAAAUAAAUGUGGUUAUAUUGUUUGAUGCAAA